CGGAGGACCAGUUGAAACCACGUGACUGCUGGAGGACCAGGAAGUCCACCGCCGCCUCAUCAAAACAAACCCGAACGGGAGCGCCGGGGAGCCGCAGCGAGUUUCCCGUGAUCACCGGAGCUUCUGCGCGUCGCCAUGGAGGACACACUCUUCCAGCUCAAGUUCACCUCCAAGCAGCUGGAGAGGCUGUCCAAGAAGGCAGAGAAGGAGUCGGGGAAGGAACAGGCCAAGGUCAAGAAGGCUCUGCAACAGAAAAACGUGGAAUGCGCCCGAGUGUACGCGGAGAACGCCAUCCGGAAGAAGAACGAAGGCGUCAACUGGCUGCGCAUGGCGUCCCGGAUCGACGCCGUGGCCUCCAAGGUCCAGACCGCCGUCACCAUGAAGGCGGUGACUAAGAACAUGGGCCAGGUGACCAAAGCCCUGGACAAGGCCCUGGGCUCCAUGGACCUGCAGAAGGUCUCCGCGGUCAUGGACAAGUUCGAGAGCCAGGUCCAGAACCUGGACGUCCACAGCUCGGUGAUGGAGGACUCCAUGAGCUCGGCCAUGACGCUGACCACGCCCCAGGAGCAGGUGGACGACCUGAUCCACCAGAUCGCCGAGCAGAGCGGCCUGGAGGUCAUGGACCAGCUCAGCCAGCUGCCGGCCGGGGCCACGGCGGUGGGGGCCACGGCGGUGGGGGCCGCCGAGAGCCCCCGGGGCCAGGACCGGGAGGACCAGCUGAGCCGCCGUUUGGCUGCUUUGAGGAACUGAUGCUCCUCCAGGAAGAGGAAGAGGAGGCGUGGCCUCUGCGGCGAGGCAGCAGACGAGUUUACAGACGUGACUGCAGCGUGUGUGUUUCUGUGGAACUGAUCGACCCGGAGGACUUAACGAGCCCCCCCGCUCUAUAAAUACCCUCCACAGACUGUCCCUGGAGUCCUCGUUGGAUCUCCUCCUCUCCUCCUCUCUUCUCUCUUCUCUUCUCUCUCCUCACCGUAAACACGUUUCACCAGCUGUACGGUUCACGUUGGGGGAAUAUAAAGUUUUAAUAAGCAGCAUAGAGAUGUAUCUUCAUCGCUGUCCACAUAGAAAAGGAAGUCUCCUCUUCCUCGCGACGUGUUGGUAACACCAACAGGAAGUCACCUCUUCCUCGCGACGCAUUGGUAACACCAACAGGAAGUCUCCUCUUCCUCGCGACGUGUUGGUAACACCAACAGGAAGUCUCCUCAUCCUCGCAUUCCACUUUCUUUUUAUUCGCUUUUGUUCACUGUUUUCAGAAUUUGUUGUUGCUUUGACCGCCUUACAAUGGAUGCAGGUGCUCCGCCCAAAAAUAAGGACAAAUUAUGUAUCUUAUAUUUAGAACAAAUAUACAUAUUGUAUAUAUAUAUAUAUAUAUUUACAAAGAAAUAUAUAUAUGUAUAUAAUAUAUAAUAUCAUAUAUAUAUAUAUUUACAAAGAAAGAAAAUAUAUAUAUAUAAUAUAAAUUUAUAUAUAUAUAUUUUUAUAAAUAUUAUAUAUAUAAUAUACUUUUAUAUAUAUAAUGUUAUAUAUAUAUAUUUACAAAGAAAAAAAUAUAUAUAUUUAUAUAUAUAAUAUUUUUUUUUAAAUAAAUAUUAUAUAUAUAUAUAGUUCUUAUUUCUCCUUUGCCUUGUAAGGCACCAUGCUGUGUGUCUGUGUUGAGGCGUGUUCCGGUGCUUCCGGUCCAUUACCCAGCAUGCAGUUCCAAAGCCUCAGAGACCUCAGGCGGCGUCACACGGACGGUUUAUUUGAACAGUUCCUCGGACUUUGCAGCUCAUAAUUUUCUUUUUUUCUAUAUUUAUCUUGUGGAAAAAUAAAAACUCGCCCUCUGA